UCAUGCGGAUCCACUUGGUAGCGGGUGGGCCGACCCUUUCUAGGCCUCCAGGCAUGCGGUUCGCAGGCACUCUUGCUUCAUGAAGCAACGACCACCAGAUUUUCCAUUUUCCCCUGCCAUGGUACCGUAGGUGUGAACAGAUCUUGGAUGGAGUUCAUGGCGACUGGGCUGGCUUUGUGCAUGACAGACCACAAGUGAAGUCUGCCAAGCGCGGGCGCGGGUGGUGCCUGGACCUCCUGACAAGUCACCGAACGUGUUCAUCUCGGUCAAGCCUCAUCAAGAUGCCUUCCGACGAUAUCCAUGAGCACAAGGAAUCAGCGGAGGACGAUGUUCCACUCCAGCAGAAGCGACCCUUUGGCUCAGGCUUGAAACGCAAACACAUCGCCUUCGUUCCAGCAUCAACAGGACCCUUGGUUACCACAGAGAAUGCGGUCCCAGCCAAGCCAGCCAGGUCGAUUGCAGACAUGUACCUCAGCCUAGUCCUGCCAAACCAUGCCACAAAGAGCGAGACGCCAGACGAAAGUCCAGAGCCUACAGCACCACCGCCGACGGUGUGCGAGGUCUGCAACCUGCCGAUCAAUGAAGAUGCCCAGUCAGCAUCUCGCCGGCAUGAAGCAUCGAUAGCGCACCAGGUGUGCCUAACUCACUCUCAUCCACCAUCUGCCCUGAAUCGGUCGCGCAUGGGUUUGCAGGUGCUGCAGACACAAGGCUGGGACCCAGAUGCCCGGACGGGACUCGGCGCGCAAGGGCAGGGCCUGCAGUAUCCCAUCAAAGCUCUGCCCAAGGAUGAUACCCUGGGCAUCGGCGUCAAGGUGCCAAAGAAUCUUCCCAAGAAGGAACAGAAGCCGUCCAAGUUGGACGCCGGAAAAGUCCGCAAGGCAGCGGCCGAGGACAGGAAACGAAACGACCGCUUGCGACAGCAGCUCUUCAGCAGCACAGAAGUCGACAAGUAUCUGGGGAGCUAAAGCUUCUGUCCAUUGUGAGGCCUUGAGAGGUGUUCAUAGAAAUCACAUGACGUACCUUCGGGACCCUGUACCAGUGACCGCUUCCGCGCGCGUCACUUUGUGCUAGCACUUUGAGCUCAUCCAAACAGUGUCACAGUCACCACUUCACC